GCCCAUUCCUUCGUCCCAACUAUACACGUCGCCCUCCUGCCCGUCGUCUCGUCUUGUCGUUACUUUCCGCAUCGUGACGCCCGAACCGCGCGACAGACGCUCUCUUACCGCUCGUUUCCCAUCAUACUCGGACGGAAUCGCGGGCGACGCAUCGUUCUGGGGCCAGAUGCUUGCGUAGCUGGUCGUGAUAUUGCCUCUCCGUCCGAGUGUUGCCCCCCCGUAAUCGAGUCUUUGGCCCACCACAGGCAUCCGUCCGCGCAGUAAAUGCAACCGUCCUCUGCUGCGAUCGCGAAGUUUCUGUUUGGACACCGCGCAACCUUAGAUGGGUGAAUCGGAGAAUGAGGUCGGACAAGCGGCAAAGACAUCUGCGUUCCAGGCGAUAAACGGCAAAAGUAUGGGCGGCGACGUCGAUGCCGCGAGCCGCAGCAGCGCUGCAACUUCACGCGAAGCGAGUCGCGGCCUGACCGUCGAAGAGAGUGGCAGUCUCAAUGGCAGGCCGCACUCCAAGUCCACGCUGUCGCGACUCGCCUCGCCCAACCCGUCCACCGCCGGCCGCACACCCGCAAACGAAGACUCCGCACAGUCUGGCGCCGUGACCAGGCGAGCCUCGACGUCGUCCCAAGUCUCGUCCCCACAACCGCUCGCCCCUUCGUACAGCACGCGGUCGCGAAAGCGACCUGGCGCCGCGCGGCCAAACUACGCCGAGGAUGCGGAGGCGGAGAUGGACUUUGAGAUGCAACAGCAACAGCCACGGCAGAACGGCUCUGCUUCGCGGCGGGACUCGUCGUCAGAGGCGGAGGAGACCGGCAUGAACAUCGCGGAAGCGGUCACGCAACAGCUCAAAUACGAGGCGCACGAAAAGAAGAAGCACGAUAGAAAUGCGAAGCGCGGCCCACGUGCCGCAACAAAGGACGCGAAAGUCAACGGGUGGAACGCAGUCAACAACGGCGAGUCGACGCCCGCGGCGGACUCGUCUUCGGUGUCUGCUGGUAAUCUCUCGACUUUGCCACGCAAGCGCAAGGCCGCUGCUGUGGCCACGCAAAACAUCGCCGCCAGCUCACAGUCUACUCCGCAAAGCGCUAUCAACGGCAAAAAGAACGCAACGCCCGCAACAAAGUCAUCUGAGCGCGAAACCAAUAUGGUAUUUUUUGAGAAGUGCAAUUCGCGUCUCAACAAGGACGGCCACCUUGUGUCGGACGACGGCGUUGUGUAUGCACCAAAUGAUCACGUGUAUCUCAUUUGUGAGCCUCCUGGUGAACCAUACUACCUUGGACGGAUUAUGGAGUUUCGCACCAAGGUUCCGGACGAUCCUUCGACGCCUGUCGAGUACCUGCGAAUCAAUUGGGCAUAUCGGCCUCGUGAUGUUCAGCGCUUCGUGAACGACUCACGUCUCGUAUACGUGACAAUGCAUUCUGAUCUAUGCCCGCUGUCGUCGCUACGUGGAAAAUGUCAAGUACGGCACCGUGCCGAAAUCGACGACCUCGAUGAGUAUCGAAAGCAGCCUGAUUCGUUUUGGUUCAAUCAGUGUUUCGAUCGGUUCAUCCACAGGUGGUAUGAGGUUAUACCUACCUCCCAAGUCGUGAACGUUCCUCAAAAUGUCAAAAAAGCCCUGGACGAGCGAUGGGACUAUAUCGUGGUGGAAGCCAGUCGAGUCAAAGAGCUCACUAGCGCGGUAAAGAGCUGCACUCGAUGCUCCGGCUAUUGUGCGAACGACGAUUCGGUCGAUUGCGCUCUAUGCAAAAAAACGUAUCACUUGCAAUGUGUUCGACCCCCACUGGCGAAGAAGCCGUCACGUGGUUUUGCUUGGGCUUGCGCCAUCUGCAGUAGAGACCAAGAGCGCAAGCUCGAGGCGCGCAGGACCCCACUCAUCGAUGGGACGACUGAUGUUGAUGAGGAGGAAAUCGUCGAGGAGGAAGAAGAGCACCCGGUGGAAGACGAAGAUCCCGCAGAAGUAAAGCCAGCAGACGACAAAGUUGAAGAUGUCGCUCCGGAAGCCGAGAUAGCACAUGCGAAGAUGUGGCCUAUGCGUUACCUAGGCAUCCACUGCCGGGUUGAAGAUGUCCUUCAGUACGAAGACAGGGCCAUUUAUCCACGUGCGAGCUCACGGCUCGGACCAAAGCAUCAGGCCAACGUGCCGGAGUGGUAUGGGCGACCAGUCCAGCUUGUGAAGCCGACAGAGAUCAAGAGAAAAUACGUCAAGAGCGGAAGCAAUAAGAAGGACACGAAACUCACAAAAGAAACCCAGCAAGCCAUCGAGGCGGAUCGCGCAGCGAAAGCCAAAAGAGCGAAGUACAUUGAGGACGAGCCAAUAGGAUAUGUGGCUCGGGGUGAGGAUUUCCCGAACGACGACAAGGCAAACUGUACUGCUCAGCUUUUGUUCCGACUGCCUGCUGUAGGCGAACAUUCUUCCCGUGGCCUGGAUGAUGCGACAAUUCCCCCAGAGGAGGUUGUAGACGCCUACAUGGAAAGAACGCGCGAGGCUGCAGCGCAAAUAGGUGUAGAGCCUACCUCAACUGAUUUCUUAGAUCGUGCAGUUGCUCUUUUACAGAAACACGACUUCAAUCCGGACGCUGCGUUGAAAGAACUCAAGAAAACGAAGGCCGUGGGUUCGUGGCCAAACUCACGUUGGGGUUGGGGUACACGCGAUGGCUUACGAGACCCCAGCAAGACGUUGACGGAGGACGAGAAGAAGCGAUUUGCAGACGGAGUACGGAGAUACGGCUCUGAAUUGCGCCUCGUGCGGCAGCAUGUGAGGACGAUAUCGCACGCAGACACUGUUCGUUAUUGGUACUGGUGGAAAAAGCAGCCACAAGGCCGCAGGAUUUGGGGCUCGUACGACGGACGGAAGAACGCGUCGAAAAAGAAAGCGGCUGCAGUUGAAGCAUCGACGAAGCUUCUGGACGACAUUGCAGACGAUCAGGACGACUCCGCAUUUGACAAUCAAAAGGUUUAUGAUCUUAACAAGCGCAUGCAAUGCAAGUUCUGCAAUACGAAGCGAUCUCGGUUCUGGCGACGAGCCCCAAACACCAACCCCGGCGAAACAGUACUGGGCGACCAGCGAAGCAAAGAAAAGAAUACACAUUACAAUGUUGCUUUGUGCCAACGUUGUGCUCGCCUCUGGCGCAAAUAUGCUAUUCGAUGGGAAGAUCAAGACGAAACUGCGAAGAAGAUAUCACAAGGUGGAGGGCGAGCCUGGAAACGCCGCGUCGACGAGGAACUUAUCAAAGAGUGGGCCAUUGCGGCUGAAACAGCAGAUCUUCCGCCUAUCGAACCGGAGGAUAUGCCGGGUGUAAUACCUCACCGACACAUGGACGUGGACGAGCCGGCACGAAAGAAGAUGAAAGGUUCUGAAGGAGCUAUUCCAACUCCGGCGGUUGUCGUUGAGAAGGAAAAGAAGAAGACGCCUACGGCAUCAGCACCACCUCCUCCGCCUAAAGAACCAACGCCGCCACCGGUGCCGAAUCCACCGAAGAUGCGUGUAUUCCCUUGCGCCGUUUGCGAUGCCUACGAGACCCCCUCGGAUCCAGUACUAGUAUGCAGAGACUGUCGUCUCACUGUGCACCGCGGUUGCUAUGGAGUCUCUGAACACAAGAACGGCCAGAAGUGGAGCUGCGACCCGUGCUCGAACGAUCGUAGAGAAAUUGCGGCCAUGAAUUCGGCUGACCCCGCCGCAUACCGGUACGAAUGCGUAUUGUGCCCGAUCAGGGUCACUGAAACUUCGAUGAUCGAGCCUCCAAGGAUAUCGCACAAGAAAAAGACAGAACGUGACCGUGAGAGAGAGCGGCUGGAGAAAGAGCUUGCCGACGAGUUUGCAAGGAACUACCGCAAACAGCAAAUCGAACGAGGCAGGCCAGUCGUUCCUCGGGAGGCUCUCAAACGCACAGCAGACAAUAAGUGGGUGCAUGUCACCUGCGCACUGUGGACGCCGGAGGUGAAAUUUAGCAACGCAGCUGCCCUUGAAGUUGCAGAAGGUAUCCCACUGAUCCCACGGGCGAGGAGAGAGCAGGUCUGUAAACUGUGCAAGACCAACAUCGGUGCUUGUGUGGCUUGUCACCACUGCCAUGCUAGCUUCCAUAUUGCGUGCGCAUACAAGGCCAAUUAUAUCUUCGGCUUCGAUGUCAACCCUGUCAAAGGCUCCAGGAGAGACGGCGUCCAAAUUGUCAAGCUGGGCGAAGAAACUGGUACAUUGACGGCCGCUAUUUGGUGCAAGGAGCACUCCUCCAGUGCGAUAAAGACAAUCAUACACUAUCUUAAUGAGGUAGUCGAUGAAAGUGGGAAGCUCGCUCUCCAGUUAUUUGCAGAGACAUACAAGCAGGCGGACUUGACGCUUACGGGCACUGCGCGGAAAGCAAAUUAUCUGGAUGAGAUCACGAAGACCUCCGCGCCGGUGGCAUCGACUGGGUCGAAUAGACGCAUUUCCACAGCACCGGCUCCUGGCAUGAGAAGUGCUAGGAACUCGAUUGCUGGUCCGAUCAAAGACACAGAGAUACAAGAUGGGGACGUUCGAAUGACAAGCCCUGAAGGCGAGCUGCCUGAACGUCGCUGUGCUGUCUGCAAAAUCGAUGUAUCUCCCAGGUGGUGGCCACAUGAACCUGUCAAGCCAGCUGUUCAUGCCCCAGCUGUUCAGCCACCUAAUGCAGCUCAGCCGAACGGGCUUGGGAUCAACGGCAUCCAUUCAGAUGGACCUGCUCGUGACGCGUCUCGAAUGGAGAUCGAUGGUUCACAGCUACCAAAUGGGCAUGGACCUCUGCUUGCGGGUCAGUCUCUUAUCAACGGCACAGGUCCAGAGAAGGCGUCGACGGUCGAGGUACAAUACGAUUGUAACAAAUGCCACUGGAGGCGCAAGUACGACCCAGAGAAUUUAUACAAGCCAAAAGAGCCCGAGCAGAAACUGAUUUACGAGCCAAUCCGCUCGCCACCUCGGCCUCCGCUCUACCCAGGGCAUCCACCGCCAGUUCCCGCACAUCCGCAUCAUGGAUGGCCGCAUUUCGGUAAUGGUCCAUCUGCAGGAUCACCGCCUGCGCCGAUACAUCAUUUGCCACCCCAUCACGGCACUUAUCAUCCUGUUCAUGCUGCUCCCGGAUCAGGAUUCGGUAUCGGCCAACCACCUCCGCUACGGCAGUAUCCUCCUCCUGCUUCAAGCUCACAUCAAGGGCCAGCGCCUUUGCAUGUCAUCCAGCAAGUUAUCCCGAAUGGACUACCUUCUCCACGCGGGCCACCAGUGCGCUCGCCAACGCAUCCCCCACCUUUGAGUGGUCCGCCAAUGCACAGACAGGCAGAGAGCCCUUUUAACGGACCGACUCCGACAGGCCCCUAUGCUUCACAGUUUCGCCAUCAUGGUAGUCCGGUGCCAACAGGGGUCGCACAGCCACCGCAGAAUGGACCACGGCCUUCCACCCCGCGCGAUGUACCGCCAAGCUCGUCAACAUCACGUCUUCCGCACGGGGCGAGUGCGAGCCCAAACGUGCGCAAUAUUCUUAACGAUUAAAGGCCAAAAAGGCUCUAUUCACAACCUUUUGUGGAUUCGCUAUCAUACAUACUCUCUCUUUUCUAUCCCCUUGUAGACUGAUACACAAAAGUCUGAAUUUUGUCUCGUUUGUUCAAUACCCGGCUUCUGCGGUGUACGUAGUAAAAAUCAUGGCUGGUGGGAAUGGAGUGUCUGAGCAAGCAUCGUUUCUCAUCUGCGAUGUGCAAAGUACACCACGCAAGGCGGCGCACUGAGGGCCAUUUCCUUGUGAGUGCGAUUUGCGCAAGCAGACCCCUCGUAUGGUGUAACUUUGAUCAGAGCCUGGUCAAGGGUCGUCCACAAAACGGCACUGCAGAAACUUUCGUGCAUUUAGUUUCCGGGCAUUGUUGCAUGGGGUUAUUAGCAGAUGGAGUACGGAGGUAGAGGCAGCUUUAUGGAGUGGCGCUGUGAUAGCGGAUGAUGUAUGUGUAUCACUAGACAUUCAAUUACGAAAGACCAAGAUGUUCUGCUGA